ACCCCGCAUUGUGACUUAUGCCCCACGAUACAAUACUGCCAUUUGAAUUAUUGAAUCGAGCUUCACAAACCAUUAAAAUAGCCAUCACCAUCACAUUAUGCUCAUAUCUAUCAAGAAUUUUGCUAAUGGCUCCUUUCCCCCCUGGUACAGCAUGAGAUGACCUUCGAUUCGGCCGAUGCCGGUGCCUCUCUUACCUACCCUAUGCAGUGCUCUGCUCUGCGUAAGAACGGUUUCGUCGUGAUCAAGAACCGCCCUUGCAAGAUCGUCGACAUGUCCACCUCCAAGACCGGAAAGCACGGUCACGCCAAGGUCCAUCUCGUUGCUACCGACAUCUUCACUGGCAAGAAGUACGAGGAUCUUUCUCCCUCUACUCACAACAUGGACGUCCCCAACGUCUCUCGUCGCGAGUACCAGCUGCUCGACAUCUCCGACGACGGUUUCCUCUCUCUCAUGACCGAUGACGGUGACACCAAGGACGAUGUCCCUCUUCCCGACAACGAGGUUGGCCAGAAGAUCACCAAGCUCUUCAAGGAGGAGGAGAAGGACACCAACGUUAUUGUUCUCACCUCCAUGGGCGAGGAGUGCGCCAUGGAAGCCAAGGAGGCCCCCAACCAGGGUUAAAUCGCCUAGCCUUUGAUCCGCACCCUCCUUUAAAUGGCACUUGGCCUCUGAGCUCCGCAUUGAAAGAUGAACUGGGCUGGGGAUUUUUGUUUUGAUGAAUGUUUGGCGCAUCAAUACUCAUGGGCCAUGGAUUGGGCAUUGCGCAGAAGGACUCUAUCUGGACAGGAUUGCCUGCCGGUUAUGAUAUACGGCAAUUCUGAGCACCCGAGCCUCGGGCUCAAAAAAUGUUUUCCUUUGUUCCUAGCUCACACGCUGCACAUGCCAUCAUGUCACGAUACGUAGCGGCAAUUUUAUGAAGAAAAAAAUGGGAGAGCUUUGGAGUUGAUCAAGACUUGUUGAUAAUGAGUGACGUGAACUCUGUGAAGUCGUUGGGCACCAUGGUAACAUUUGCUUAAUGCGGCGUGCGUUGCGUAGGACGAGACAGUAUACUAUUCUCUGGAC